AUGACGAGCGACUUAGACCAGGCUCCGACACCGCCGUCAGAGAAUGGCUCUUUCCGCCGUAUAUCGCCAGCCCAAGCUGCUGCUGAUGCGAUUCCUCUUCUCGUCGAUGACACUUAUCACGUGUUCCACCUGGUAACGCCUCCAUACACCAGACAUCAUCCCCCGCGAUUACGUUCGACCUGGUGGCGGAUGAGGUCCCAGAACCUGGUUGACUGGAACCGGGAUAGUGGGCCUAGCAUCAGGCCCGGAGACGGAGUAGAUGCGCCGGAUGCUGAUGGCGCGUGGACUGGUGCUGCAGUCCUAGGUCCGGAUGGGAACAUGAACAUCUUCUAUACUGGGUACAAUCUGUCGCAGAAUGGGAAACAAGUGAUCCUCAGGUCGAGAUCACAGGACCGUCAUGGCAGUCGCUUCGAGUGCCCUGGGAAGGAGAUAUCCUUCACCGGUGCCGGCCGGUCUAAGCUAGAAGACAUUGACUUUCGAGACCCUUUCAUAUUUUACAACGAAAGCGAGGCUCAGUAUUGGAUGAUUAUCGCAUCUAGAUUGGCUGGAGGUCCUCACUGGAGCCGUGGAUGCAUUGCUCUCCUUAAGUCCAAGGACUUGGAUACAUGGAGCUUUGCCCCUGAGCCACUGUAUUCACCAAACGACAUGUUCUGCCCGGAAUGCCCAGAGCUUUUCGGUUUACCGAACGGCAAAUGGUAUCUGGUGUAUUCACGUUUCCACGCCCCGAACUCGGGGACUGUAUACCGCGUCGCCGACUCACCUUACGGCCCCUUCAGGAUCCCUCGCGAUGGUUCCCAUGGUCGAUUAGAUGGAAGAAGGUGGUAUGCAGCGAAGUCCUGCCCGAAAGCCGGCGACCCUGGGAAGCGAAUAUACUUUGGCUGGAUAGGUGACUACAUCGACGAGGAAGGCAAAUGGUUGUGGGGCGGCGACCUAGGACUGCCUCGUGAAGUAUCUGCAGAUGAGAAGGGAAAUCUCCGUGUCGAUGUCGUGCCGGAGGCGGAGAGGCUCUUCUACGAGACUUCGAUGAAAAUUUCCUCCGUGGACUUACCAUCAGAACUGUCGCUGUCAUCGACAGGCUCAACCGUCAUCACCUAUCCCGAGUUGGGAGACGCGGAGAAAAGAGACCUUCUUGUCAAAUUUGACAUCAGAAGCUGUGAAGCCCACUCAUUUGGCCUUGUUAUUGAGGCAGACAAGACGCAGAAAGGACACCGACUGCAGAUAGUGCCAGCCGGAGAAGACACGUACACUGUGACCUUGUUCACUGAUUUCCCCCCGCUCGAUGAUUUCUGGGCCGACCAGUACGAUCUGCAUCUGGCCAGGCCUGUCGAUGGUCCUGAAAUUGUACGCCAUGAGCUUGUCAAAUUAACGAAGGAUAUCACCAUGUUUCUUCGAGGUCGCUUGCUGGAGAUCUUCUGUGGAGGUCGUUCCGUUAGCUUUCGUCUUCCGAACUCGAUAUCCACGUCUCUGAGCACGCAAACAGAACAAAAAACUUCACGUACUCAGCGCCUCGGCUGGUUUGUCGAGGAUGGCGAGGUCAAGCUGAGCAAGGUAUUAAUCCGAUAUGGAGGAUUGGUGGAUAAAACAUGUAUAUAG